CCAAAUGACUCAAGUCCGCCAGGUAAAAUCUCCAUCUCUCUUAAACAAAAAUUCAUCACAACUUCUCUCAAUUUCUCAACACUUCACCCACUAACAUACAAAACUUCAUCUAAACAAACAUUCAUCUACACAUACCUCAAUAAUAUAUACACAAACAUAAAUCUAAAUAAUAUUAUUUCUACCGAACUGGCAACAACAGGAUUUGGUCCUGCCCCUCCUCCGCCACCACCCCCACCAACUGGUCAGAUGCCAACGAUGAGGAUUAAUACAGAGAUGCCGCGUCGACCACAAAUGUACACUAACGACCCCUACGAGCCACCAGCGGCGAUCCAGAACGCAAUGAUGACCAAGGAUAAGAAGCCCUUUACUUACACCCCAGGCAUGGGGGGUAAAUUGGACCUGUCCCAGAUCAGAAGCCCGAGGAUGGCUCGCAGAGUGGCCAAGAACGCGAACGAUGAAGGAAUUGAGGGACCGCCAAAGUCUCCUCUAGCAAACGAGGCUUACAAUUCGCGUUCUGUUCCUGGAGCAGUUCCAGGAAUGACUCUGGUUCCUGGAACGGUUCCAGGAACAGUCCCACUUCAUGGAAUGGGCUCAGUUCCUGGAACAGUUCCACUACCCGGCAUGGGAUCAGUUCCUGGAACUGGUUCGGUUCUUGGAACAGCAACAGUUCCAGUUACUCCACCAGGACCAGCUAGCCUCUUUAUUCAGCCACAGGUUGCAGUUCCAGUGUUCCCAACCAAUGUUCCGAAAACUAUUGAAGACAGACCUUCAGUUUUCACGAUUAAAAAUGAACCGGGGCACCACCAGUUCAAGACGCCACCGCAGCAGCGCUGGGGGAACCAGAACACGACUGCGAAGGUUACAGUGGCGCCACCUAAGCCACAGCUUACUGCACCGGGAACUUAUAUUGUGCCGAUUGCUGUUGAGGGAGCGCAGGAACUCCCGAGUUAUGAGUUCCAGCCUACUUCUGCUAAUCAGUCCAGAAAUCAAGGAAGAAAUAUUCAAGAUCUAUCAGGCGCACCGGUCCAAUCCCGUUCAUUCAGAGUUUUGCAAAAAUUAACUGAUACGGACAACGACGAUAUAGACAAUGAACAACUCCGUAAGCUUCAGUUGACUGAAGAUGAUAAGGUUCUGAUGAACAAAUUCAAAGAACAAGUGGAUGGCGACACAUACUUACACCAAGAAGAAGACCCAAGAUACCGCGGUGCAGCUAUUCCAUCCCGGGCAUUUAGAUAUUUACAAAAUAUGACUGAUUCCAACGAAGUACCCAUCAACAAUGAUGAGCAGCCUGUGGUGCAAAAUCUCCCACCAAGCGAGCAACAAGCCCCGGAACCUAAAAAAUACACUGGAAGCGCGAUACCCUCGCGAUCAUUCAAGAUACUACAAGCGAUGACGACUCCAGACGCUUUGGCAAGCCGAGAAAUUCCCGUGGGCCAUCAGGGUUUAUUUGUCCCGUACACCACGCCUGUUUAUUGGGCGUAUUACCCGUUAGCUUACGUCCCUAAUCAAGAGCAAGUACCGUGCGCUAAUCCCAACAAUCUAAACAAUAUCGGCUGUUACCCGGGUGUGUUUUUCGUAGGAGUCGACAAACUUGAUGAUUUUGUUACUUCCAAUGAGAUUGCUAGCCAAGAUUUAACCCUAGAGUCGGAAAAAAGUCACUUGGAACGCGAAAAAUGCCAGAGUUUGGCUGCUAAAGAGCUUGGACUGAUGGUUCCUGGUGGUUCUGGGCAUGGAAAAGCUGAAGAGCUGGUUGGUAAUCCUCCCCAGAGUGGAACAAUGAUGUCUAAUGGCACUCAAGCUCAGGAAGUGGUGCUAAAUCAACCUGGAACUAUGUUUACCGAAGGUUCUAAUCAAAAAGAAGCCUUGGAACCAUUAAAAAACCAGUUGGGACUUCAAGGAACUGCAUUAGAUGGUGUUCUUUACUGUUCUAGAGAUGCCCAAGGUCAAGAACUGGUGCUUAAGCAACCUGGAACUAUAUAUAGAGAAGGUUCUAAUCAAAAAAAAGCCUUGGAACCAUCAAUAAACCACUUGAAACUUCAAGAAACUACAUUAGCUGAUGUUGCUUGCUAUUUAAAAGCUUCUAAUCUAGUCACUAAUCACCUUCAAAGCCAAAAUAUGACUCUUAAUAGCGCCCAAAGUCACGAACUAGUACCGAACCAACCUGGAACUAUGAUUAAAGCCGGUUCCAGUUCUUAUAAAACUUCAGAUAAAACCACUAGUCAUCCCCAGUCCCCAGAACUACUUACUAACGAUGUCCCAACUUACAAUCUCAUCAUAACCCAGUCUAAGAUGAAGUUACGUAUCAACCCAACCCGAAAUGAAGCUUCAAAUCCUUCAAACAUUCAAAAAACUGCUUUUCCUGAAACUUCUAACCAUUUAAAAGCUUCAGAUCUGACCUAUAAUUCUGCCCAGUAUCAAAAAAACGAUGUUCCAAAUCAACCUCAAGCUUCAUUUGAUCCAGGUUCCACUAAAGUUCCUACCAGUUCCCAGAACCAAAACCUUCCAACCAGCAAUUUGACUGCAAUCCAACUUGGAACUCCGCCGGAACUCCCUUGUUCCACAGUUCCAGCUUCCAAGAACCAGGAACAAGCUACCAUUGAUGGUCCAAGCUCUUACCAAGCAAACUGUCCCAUGAACAUCCUCCACGAAGAAGAAGAUACCUCUGACAGUUCCAACAAUGUCGACGACGGAGUUCCUGAGACAUCAACUGACUCUGAUUCUGAUUCCUACUUGGCGUACUCGACUGGUCUGAACCCGGACUCUGAUUCCAAGGACUCUGUUGAAGAAGGUCCAACUGUCAACGUGAGUCUUCCUUUGAAGACCAAGUCCUGUUCCGAGGAGGUCCACGUGGAUUUCACGCUGAGCAGACCCAAAUCUUGGUGCCCGGAACCUUCCAAGUUCCAGGAACAAAAGGAGGAAACAGAGGAACAUCAAGACAAAGAAACUGAUGAUGAUGACAGUGGAGUGAAUUCUCAAUCUGAUUUAAGUCGCAUGAUUUCUGAAGUUGAUACUGACUCGGAAUGUUCUCCAAGAAAGGUCAGUUCCUACAAGCGAACUCAGACUCACUCUAGAUUGUUUAAAUUGAUCAGUAAGAAUGAUUCACCUUUUUUUGAAGAUACUAAGGAAGAAAUGAUUUCUUUGAAAAAAUCUAGCAGGAUUACAAUAAAAAAUUCGAAUUCUCCCGCGCAAAGUUUGAAUUUUCCCGCUAAAGCGCCGCCUGGAGGGACGCCGAGGAAUUUCAGGCGGCCAUUGAGCCUGGAAGUUAGGGAAGACGAUUUUUACUUAAAAUGGAAGAAUUCUAACGGAAAAAAAGGAAAUUUGGAAAGAAAAUUUGUCAAACCGACUGUUUUGUGCCCACGAACGAAAAGUUUUAAAAAUUUAACAAAAUUAUCGGACUAA